UAGAAGGGGACCUGAGACCAAUAUCAAAGAAAUUACCAGCCUUAUCUCUUCGAACGAGAGAGAAAGUUUGAAAAUAACCGUCAAUAGUACCGCUCGUACCGCUUUAGUACUCAUUUUUUCGGUUUUUAUCCGACUUAUGCCCUGACCUAUAAUGACUUUGACCAAUUUUUUUCUUCUUACGUUUGUUUUAACGGGAUUAGUAAUUUAUUGUGAAGGGAAUAGUACCGCAAAAGUACUUAAGGACGAUGCAAGUGAUACGGUGAUCGCGCCUUCUUUGAACAAGGUGUUGAAUAUAUUCAGUUCGGAUAUUUUGAGGGAACAAUGGACUGGAAUUCGAGACAAAAUCUCUGGUGGUUGCGGGAAGAAUCUGGAAACUUAUCUGGAUGGACUGGCAAAAGCGGAAAUGUGGGCACUAAAAAUGGAUGAUGCUAGUGGAAAAUACUCUACAGGAUGGUAUUGGGGAAAUCAGUACUGGUUAGGAUCACAAAGCUUGUGCGAUCACAUUGAACCAAAAUCACGAUCGAUUAUCAUCAAUUCACAGAACAGGUCCAGAAUGGUUAGGGCAGCAUCCCUUACUAAGUUUCUACCCUCCAGUCCCAGCCAAGCGGUUGGUUACAAACAAGGACCUUUGGUUUAUACCUCUACACCACCAUUUUCAGUUGCUUUCUAUACCAUGAGACUCCACAUUAAUUCUACCUUCACUACAGAGGAGAGAAUAUUACAUUUGGGUCUUUGUUUACCCUUCGCUUGUACAAACGAUGAUGUGAAAACAAUUAUUGAAGAAACAUCGACCACAGCACCUCAAAUUACAGUAGAUGUCCUCAAAAUCCGUUCUAGGCAUGACAGAUUCGUCGUAUGGAUGGAUCCUACAUUUAUUAUUUUGUGUGUGGUGACUGCAGGUAUGAUAUGUUUACUGACAGGUGGUACCAUUUUCGAUUACUACCUGGAACACGAGAAAAAUAAAAGAGUCGCUACUAUAACACAACGGUUUUCAGUACCGAGUUUAAAAUCGAACAACGGAAAAUCUGGAAUAUAUGUUGUAAAUAGGAACACAUCAAACGAUGGUAAUAAUAAUGGUAGCUUGCCUUCAAUUGAAGUAAAUGCUUCACGAUCUUCGGCUUUCUCCGCAACAUCAAAAUAUAAACUGAUUAUGAGAAUGAUUGUAAAGGAACUUAUCCUGUCAUUUUCUGUCAAAGCCAACAUGAAAACGAUUUGUGAUCAAUCAGUUGGAAGUGAUACCAUACCUGUCCUCCAUGGACUUAAAGCAAUCAGUAUGAUCUGGGUAAUUUUGGGACACACCUGCAUUAUUUGUUUUAAAUACUCAGAUAAUAUGGAAUUUAGAAGAUUGAUUCAAAAAGAAUUCUUCUUUCAAACUAUCAUCAACGGGGCUUUUAGUGUGGACACUUUCUUCUUUGUCAGUGGACUGUUAGUUUCGUUCUUGUAUUUUAGGACCAACGCCAAAGGUAAAUUGGAUCCCCUAUCCAAAGGAAGAAAUAAAUUUAUAGGCGGAGUGUUACAUUUUUUGGGACUGAUAUUUUAUAGAUUUGCAAGACUUACAGCGCCAUACCUGUUUGUUCUUGGAGUAACAGAAGUAGCCAUGAAAUGGUUCAAUUACAACUCUGUCUUUGAGGUGCCCGCUUUAGAUCAUGAGAAUUGUCCCAAAUAUUGGUGGAGAAAUUUACUCUACAUAAAUACUUUGUUCCCAGUAGAACAAAUGUGUAUGCUAUGGAGUUGGUACAUCUCUGAUGAUAGCCAGUUCUAUGUUAUAGGAGCCAUCAUUCUAAUAGUUGCUACAAGGCAUUUCAAAAGUGCGGCUUCUUUACUAACAGUCAUAGCUGUCAGUUCGUGGAUAACAACAGGCUACAUAGCCUACUCCAACAGUCACCUGCCUGGAACUGACGAUCCUAUGGCGCUGUUUGAUAAAAUCUAUGAUAAACCUUGGACCAGACUGGGACCUUAUUUCAUAGGAAUGUGUGCUGGUUGGAUCUUGUUUAAAAAAGACUGUCGCAUAUCGAUGUCAAAGUGGACUCUCACAAUAGGCUGGACUGUAUCUACAGGCCUGUUACUAGCCCUAGUUUAUGGCUUGUAUGAGGCCAAUUUAUCACCCAUAGUUGGUGCCCUGUACAGUGCCCUAAGCCAUUCGGCGUGGGCAUUAGGAUUGGCUUGGAUAGUUAUAGCUUGUGUUACUGGAUAUGGAGGUAUAGUGAAUAAAAUCCUUUCCUUGCCCAUACUGUAUCCAUUUAGCAGAGUUACGUACUGCGCCUACUUGAUACAUCCAAUUCUGAUAAGAGGAAUGGUGAUGACGACAGAUAGCCCUUUGCAUUUGGGAACUGCAGUGACUUUGACUAUUUUCAUGGGACAAACAGUGGCCUCGUUUAUAGUUUCUUUUGUUUUAUCUUUGAUUUUUGAAGCGCCAGUGGUGUCUAUGCUUAGAAUCAUCAACAAAGUGGUUAUUCAGCACAAACAAUUAUCCAGCAGAAGGACUUGAAACAGGGUUUUUAUCAAAGUAUUUUAAUGUUUUUUAUUUAUUAUCAUAAAUAGUGAUUAAAAUUAAAUUCAAGUCAGUCUGGCAGCCCGACAGCUUUUAAAAUUGUCUCCAGAUUUUGAUGAAACGUUUUUUUAUCCUAUAUUUCACUUCUCAAAAAAUACUGAUUACCUGAUCAUUUUACUGGAAGAAACAGAAUACCUGUAUAACAAAUUUGAAAAAAAACACUCCAAGACGAACAGUACAGAAUCCGGCUGCAGGAUUAUUACGCUCAUCGUAUUUUUAAUCAAAACCACAGACAAACUACAAAUUAGUUUGUGUCAAAACCUAUUUUUUACGUAUAUUUAUGAAUAGGAGAAUACACUUUUAACAGGGUGCCAUUAAUAAUAAUUACUGAUUUUGGAGACCACAUUACGUUCAUAAAAUUGUUUGGUCAUUGAGCGCGUUCAGGGACGGUCAGCGGCUGAGUAGCUGAGUCAGUGGCGGAUCUAGGGUAAAAUACGUCGUGGGUAAAGACAAAAUUUGGCGCCCCCACAAAAUGUGUAGACA